AGGCGCCGAGCGCGCCGGCGCCACGGCAAAGCGCCGGAAGGGCCCGCCCCGCCGCUCGGCGCGCCUCGCCGUUGGCUCGCCGCUCCGCCCCGCCCACCUUUCCCGCGGCUGGGAUCAGGCCGGCUAAGAUGGCGGCGCCGGUGGCGGACUGCUGGAAGAACGGCCAUGCCGAUUGGGGCUGUUAAGAGAAGAAAAGGGAAAUUCUUCAUGAAAAGGUGCAGGAAGUUCUUUGCAAUAGAGAUUUCUACCAGAGAUGUUGGAUUCAUGACUUCCAAGCUCUACCAAAACAUAUUGUGCCAUAAUAUUCCAAAACUGCUGAUGCAAAAAAAAAAAAAAAAAUCAACUUUUGGCACUUUGUAACACAACGCAAAGCUUGAAGAUUCCAGCAAGGUGAAAAAUGGUCUAAAUCAUUUCAACGGAGAAAUCUAAUUUGAAAAUUUUCAUCUCUGACUUUUUCUUGUUACAGUAUUGAACAACAAUGAACAAUGAAUAUUUUGCCAUUUUUAAAAACAACAAAGUUUCGAUGUAUCAUUGUGUAUACGUUUGAAUAAUGUCACUUUUUUCUUGGUCGAUACCGAUAGAGGUCGAUGUUUUAGGAGGAGUUUUUGACAGUAAAUUGGAUAAAAAGGUAAAAUGACCAUUGAACUCUGUGGUGCUCUUCAGAUUUUUUAAAUGUAAAGUAUAACAUAAAAUUAAUUUUUAAUUUUAAUUAAUUUUUAAAUACAGAGAAUGUGAACUCCAAGAGGAGUAUAAAUUCAGUGUUUUUAAUCCCUUGAUGAAAUCGAUUUUGAGUAUUUUUAUGAACAUUUAAGAUUGUGCGUUUCCCAAAACUCCAUGGAUGGAAUGGGUUCCUUGAAUAUUUUAUGAUAGAUUAGCACCACAAUCCUCAAAUGAAUUGUCUGAAAAGCUAUAAAUGAAUAAAGAUUGUGUUUUAGGCACCAUUUAUAAAAUGAAGUACUUGUGUACAUUACACAAUACAUUUUCCCCAUAAUCAAAAACCCGCAAGGAAAGCAAAAUGUCUAGAAAGCCUCAAAUUCACAUGUUCUUUGGUGCACCCCUUCUUUCAAGUGCUCCAAGGAACAUUAAAGAAGAGAAUGGUUCUUUGGCUAAUGAGAAGCCAUGGAGAGAAUUACACCUUUCAUUUACCAAUGACACUUUUAACCUUUGUAGCACAGACUUCAGGUCUCUUGGCCAUGAGACCGCAGAUGAUGCCGUUUUGGUUGUCAAUUCCAAAGAUCACUUCCCAGUAAACUUUGGGAAAAGAGGUGGCUCAGCUGAUGCUUUUAUGACCGAUUGCGCAACAUCUGUUGGAUGUGUCAAAUCCUUUGGCAAUAAAAAGAAGGUCCUGUGUGAGUCACCUGACCCUAGUUCUGCCGGUUGCGAUAUUAGCAGAGGGAACCAGAAAAAGCAUCCUGUGUCUCAACAAAGCAAAAAGGAUUCUAUCGAAGGAAGUGCUAGUUACAUGAUACGUAAACAUCUUGAUACUUCUCCCUCGGUGUUUGAGGCGAAGGACUUAAAAAAAUGUGUGGUAGAUAAUCACAAUCCAUCUGGUCUUCAGUGUGAACCUCAAGGUGAAAAUCUAUUCCUGAAACAGUAUCUGAAAAGAUGUUCACAAAAAGCCGAUGAAUCAAAACCUGGAAGCCUGCUAGAUGCACCUCAGGGUGAAAAUCUAUUCCUAAAGCAGUAUCUGAAAAGAUGUUCACAAAAAGCCGAUGAAUCAAAACCUGGAAGCCUUCUAGUUGCACCUUCAAAUCUUGACAUAACAACAGACAAUGAAUUCCUCAGUGUUCUGACUUUAAGCCAAGUCGCUCUCUGUUCAGGACAGUAUGUUGUAGAACAGAAUGAAAUGCAAAAUAAGUCUAUAGCAGGGGAAGGAGUAGAAUUGGCCCACCCUUGCAGGGAAGACGGAACAGAUGGAGAACCUCUAGUUAAAUUAAAUGAAGAUGGUGAUAUGGCUGCUAAGAAAGUUGACAUAAACUGUGAAGCCAACUCUGAUUGUUCAAUUGAACUCUUUGAUUCAGAUAACUCAAGUCAAGAUCCCCCAGAUUUCAAAGGAAGUUGUCCUCUAUCUUCACCUCUUAAUAAUGAAGGACAGGACCUUAAAUCCCAACAGAAAAGACCGCUACAUUCUCCAGAAGAUCACCACGCUGAAAGAUCUCAAGUAUCUGAAGAUCAGGUGACUACCUCUCGCUUUACCUUUGGGUAUCAGCAGCUCCCCAAAAGAAUCAAAUUAGCAUGUUCUCCUGUUCGCCUGGUUAAAAAAGCCGGAAAAAUGUGGUUCCCAGGAAUUGGGAGAGCUCAGAAGCAGCUGUCAUUGCUUAAGGAUUGUGUUGAGAAAAGCCGGAAGUACUCUGUCUUGGUUGUAGUGCUACAUCCUUGUCAUAUCAAAGAAAUCAAGACAGGAAGUAAUUCAUCCUCCAAAGUCCCUUUAGCCACAAUUGUGGUUGCUGAUCAAUCAGAAGUGCGACAGAAGAUUGUGUUGUGGAGAGCUGCUGCCUUUUUAUCACUUACGGUCUUUCCUGGAGACAUCGUACUGUGCACAGAUGUCGUUGUCCGUGAGAACCGUUGGGUUGGAGAAAUGACGCUACAGUCAACCUUUACCACCAAGCUGGUCAACCUUGGAAGCUGUUCAGCUGUUGAUCGGAAGGAAGUCUCACAUAUAGUAGACAGUCGUCAUCUCCAGGAUUUGCUGACCUAUGUUUCUGCAAAGCACGCCCCUCUUCAAACUGUCCCUCCAAGGCAAAGGCAGAGUCUGGACCAGGUUCCCCACGUGCUUCUAAAUCAGCUGAAACCAGAUACUUUGGUGCAUGCAGUGUUGAGAAUCGUCAACGUCACAGUGCUGACGGACUCGGUGUACAGUUUUAAAGAAGAAAAACAAAGAAAAAUCAUCUUAACGGUGGAACAAAUCAAGGGUCAACCUUACGCCCUGGUCGUCUGGGGAGAUACAGCAGCCCAGUGUCUUCAGCUUCAAAGGAAGAAAGCUCAUAUUUGGGAAUUUAAGUAUCUCUUUGUAAAACACCACCCCGUCUCUGGUGACUUGGAAUUGCACACGACGCCUUGGUCGGUCCUAGAGUGCCUUUUUGACGACGAUAAAAGAGCACUGGCCUUCCGAGAGACGUUUGGAAGGAACGUCCAAGAGUUGAUGAAGACGACCACUUUGGCUUCCCAUCUAGAGGAAAAACGUUCUGGAAUAAUCGAAGUCAAGGGCUGCGUUUCAAAGCUGAGCUUCACGGAUGCUUCUUUAUCUUACGGACAGCUGGUCUUUGAUGCUGGUACUUCCCUGGAGCACAUAUUCGCUUCUCUUCCUCUGAUCACCUACAAGGGGUGUGCAAAAUGCGGCCGUGAACUACAGACAGACAACAACGCGAUCUACCAACAGUGCCCUACUUGCUUACCUUGGAACAAAGUCAAAAUCUUCUACAGCCUCCAAUCAACAAUCAACCAACGGAACAGAAGUUGCCUUCAGAUGUUGUGGGAGCUUCCUCACCGAAAGCUUUCAAGAAGAGAUUGGACUCCCAUCUGUCAUAAAUGGCGUAGUAGGUUCUCCUUUUUGGUUGGGCGGGGUUGGACUAGAUGACCUACAAGGUCCCUUCCAACUCCGUUAUUCUAAAUGUCUCUGGCGCUGAAAUUGUUAAUAUUUGUUUUAUUUUGGUAAGUUGGGAGCGAGGUCCUUGCAAAAUAAAUGGGUGAAACCUCCUAGAGAUCCUGUUAUGACUGCAGGAGAAAGCCAAGACCCAAAACUCAGGGCACCAGGAAGCAGUGAUUUGUUGACUCACAAAAUACCAGCUAUCUGACCUUGGAGAAGUUUUCACAAGGUCUUGAAAAGGGUUCUAAGAGAGGGAAGUCACCUGCAGUUGAGAUCUUUUGUUCACAGAAUAAGCAUGAAGCUAUCAAGGUAGGGGAAAUUAGCACCAAUCUCACCCCCUGCCUGGUGGAUUAGUGUCAAUCGAAAUCAAGAUGGUGGCCACAAUGGUGUGAUCAAUGCCCUGACUGUCUUAUCUGCAUUGUACAGGCAAUACACAUAAAAAGAGUUUUGAUUGCACCUCUGCAUUUGCCAAUUUGACUUUUUUUUUUACCACAAUCUGUACCCCUUUCUUUAUAAUGCCUCAAUACAUUGCCAACUUGGGGUGUCUUGGGAAAGAGAGGGUUAGGGGCAUAUAAAAUGUGAAGGAUUAUGCAUGCCCCCAUAAAUCCCCAUUUGUCCACUUUUUAAUAGGCUGGAGUAUUGUAGUGUAAGUUUACACACCAAUUGAUAAAUAGCAAAUGUCAAAUACUGCAGCGUAAGAUCAUGAGAUGUCAAAUACAGAUAGGAUAUGAAGCAAAUAUUGAAAUCUGAGAAUAUUUAGAGGACAUUCGACAGUCUCAGAGUAAAAUCUUUGGGGAUGAAAUUGCUUGAUACGAAGAAUAAACAGUUUUUGAAACAGGAAUUUUGGGCUAAAAUUCUGUACACGGAGGAAUUACUUUAAAUUACUGUAGGCUGCUGCAAAUUUCUGAGUAGCCACUGGAUGGCAGCAAAGAGAAACAAGAACUAUAUCUCAAUCCUGCCACCUAGUGGACUGGAGUUUCAUAAUCCAGAUAGGGUACCAAUUUAGACCCAAACUGAGAUGUGGGAUACACAUUCAAAUAUUUAAUUUGAAUUUAAUUUAACUUUUGCCCGCUUUCCUCUCACGGUUGAAGAACGGAGGUGCCAGGUUAGUCAAUUUUCCAGCUGAUGAUUAGAGAGGUCAUCAACAGGCUUAUCCUUCAGAAUACAGUCAUGAACAAGACAAGAGUUAUUCCUACAAAUUUGACUUAGAAGGAAGAAAAGAAACGAAGCAAAAUAGUUGUAGAUAUCUCCCAU